AUGGAUAGCUUGAAGAGUAGUUAUAUUAGUACUGAAGUGGAGCCAUUCUAUGUUGGGUCAACACCAGCUACUGUGAGUGAAAAUGGAGAGAUUUUGGCCACACCGUUAGAAGAAGACGUUAUUAUCACCAAUCUUCGUACUAGUGAAAUCAUACAUAAGAUCGAAGGAGACGGGGAAUUGGUUACUAGUUUGAGUAUAACCCCAGACGCAACCAAAUUGGCUAUUUUGUCACAAUCACAGCAAUUACGUAUAUUUGAUUUGGAUCAAGGCGAAAUCACCAAGACUUUCAAAUUACCAUCACCGGUUUAUAUUUCAACUUGUGAUUCUACAUCAUCAUUAUUUGCAUUUGGGGGUACUGAAGGGGUUAUAACGGUCUGGGACAUUGAAAAUGGGUAUGUUACCCAUUCUUUGAAGGGACACAACACCACCGUGUGUUCAUUAAAGUUUUAUGGAGAGUUAAAUACUGCUAAUUGGAGAUUGGGUAGUGGUGAUAUUAUGGGGACUAGUAAAAUAUGGGAUUUAGUGAAGAGAAAAGCUAUAGCAAGUAGUACAGAACAUACUAGUGCCGUCAGAGGAUUAGAUUUUAAUGAAGAUUUUUUUAUAAGUGGGGGAAGAGAUGAAAUUUUAUUAAUUUAUAAACAAGACAAUUUGAAAAAAGUAUGGAAAACGUAUUCAGUACGUCACCAAGUUGAAAACUGUGGAUUUUUGAAACUAUAUGAUCAAACGGUUCUUUAUACUGCUGGUAGUGAUAAUUAUUUAAAGAUAUGGAAUUUCGAAAGUGGACAGUUGAUUGGUACUUCAACCAAGCCAUUAAAGACCACUGAAGAAUUGGUUAUACUUGACGUCAUCAAAUUGAUUGAAAAUAAGCUUAUGUUGAUAAUAAGCGAUCAAACAUUAGUUGAACUUAAUUUGAAUGAAAUCAUCACCGAAGAAGAAAUUUUUGAAAUACCAAUUAGUAAAAGAAUUGCUGGUAACCAUGGUACAAUUGCAGAUAUUAGAUAUGUUGGACCUAACUUUGAUAUGGUUGCAAUGGCUACCAAUUCACCAGCAUUGAGAAUAAUAAAUCCCGAAAAAAAAUAUGAAUUACAAAUAUGUGAAGGUCAUACAGAUUUAUUGAAUGCAUUAGAUGUAUCAAAUGAUGGUAAAUGGAUUGUAACCGCAAGUAAAGACAAUGAAGCAAGACUUUGGCAUUUUAAUGCAGAAACUGAAAAUUUUGAAACCUAUGCAAUUUUCCAAGGACAUGUUGGAUCGGUGACAGCAGUUUGUUUAUCAAAGGAAGAAGAUACGAAGCCUAAAUUUUUAAUAACUGGUUCGAAUGAUUUAACCAUUAAAAAAUGGAAAAUACCAGACGAAUCAAAUAGUUUAAUCAAGACUUCAAUUUAUACUAGAAGAGCUCAUGAUAAAGAUAUUAAUUCAAUUGAUAUAUCACCAAAUAAUGAAUUUUUAGCUACUGCAUCAUAUGAUAAAUUAGGUAAGAUAUGGGAUAUUGAACUGGGAGAAACCAUUGGAGUUUUGAAAGGACAUAAAAGAGGGUUAUGGGAUAUCAAUUUUUGUAAAUAUGAUCAACUUAUUGUUACCUCUAGUGGUGAUAAAACGAUUAAAUUAUGGUCAUUGAAAAAUUAUCAAUGUUUAAAAACAUUUGAAGGACAUACUAAUUCAGUUCAAAGAAGUAAAUUUUUAAAUAAAAAUCAACAAGUUAUAUCAAGUGGAGCAGACGGAUUAAUUAAAUUAUGGUCAAUUAAAGAAGAAGGAGAAUGUAUUACAUUUGAUAAUCAUGUUAAUAGAAUAUGGGCACUUGAUAUCAAACAAGAUGGAGAAAAUUUCAUCAGUGCUGAUGCUGAUGGUCAAAUUAAUUUUUGGAAAGAUAAUAGUGAAGAGCUUAGAAUUGCCCAAGAACAACACGAUAAAGUUAAGAUUGAACAAGAGCAGAAAUUAAGUAACUUAAUCAAUAAUCAAGAUUGGUCUGAAGCAUUUUUAUUAGCAUUAACAUUAAAUCAUUCAAUGAGAUUAUAUAAUGUUUUAAAAUCAUCAAUCUCAAUGAAUAUCGAUCAAGAAUCAAUAAUUGGGUCUUUCAAAUUAGAAAAUACAAUUAAAUCAUUAAACGAUGAACAAAUCAUGAUUUUAUUCAAAAAAAUUAGAGAUUGGAAUGUAAAUUUCAAAUUUUUUGAAAUUAGUCAAAAAAUUUUAAGGUUAUUAAUCAAUGACAUCAAUCCUGAAAUACCCGGGUUAAUCAAAGUGAUUGAAUCGAUCAUUCCUUACAAUGAAAGACACUAUAAUAGAAUCGACCAAUUGAUUGAAAAUAGUUUUAUUCUCGACUACUCGAUUGAAGAAAUGAAUAAAAAUUAG